CCUUCCCCCACCCCCCCCCCCCUCUCUGUCUCUCUCUCGCUCAUUUAAUUGAUCGCGGUGUCCUCGUCCCCGUCCCCUCCCCUUCCAUGUCGCCGCCCCCGGAGGAACCCAUCCGCGGUGGCGGCGCUGCCCCGUCCUCGCCGGAGAACGGCGCCGCCAAUGGCCACGCCGCGCCGCCCUCGCCGGAGAACGCCACCGUCAACGGCGGCGCCUUGGAGGACUCCGCCGACGCGCGCCGCCGGAAACCCGACCCUUCCGCGCCGUCGCCGCCCCAGACCUCGUCGUCCUCCGCAUUCCCCUCGUGCUUCCUCCAUCUGAGAUCCGAGGGGGGCCACGGCGACGAGUGGAGGUGGCUCCGGCGGUGCGCCGAGGCCUCAGCCAAGGGAUUCGCGAUCGGCGCCGGACUCAAGGGCGGCCUCGCCCUAUUCUCCAUCCUCACGCGGUUGAGGAGCCGCAGAUCUCUGAGAUCGUCUUCGAGGAAGUUGGGGACUUUCACCAAUGAAGAGGCAGUGAUCAUGGCGAUCAAAGAGACGAUGCGAUAUGGAAUGUUUCUGGGGGCAUUUGCAGGGACAUUUGUUUCCGUUGAUGAGUGUAUAGCUGCUAUCUGGGGCCAUAAAAGAACAGCAGGAUGGAGGGCACUAUUAGCAGGGGCACUUGCUGGUCCAUCGAUGAUUCUGACGGGGCCAAAUACACAGCACACUAGCUUAGCUAUAUACAUUCUCAUGCGUGCUGCUGUUCUGGCAUCACGUUGUGGGAUAAAGAGCAAAAAAUUUGGACAUCUUUGUAAACCUUUAACCUGGUCGCAUGGUGACAUUUUCCUUAUGUGCCUUUCCUCUUCACAGAUUUUAUCUGCUUACAUUCUGAAGCAAGACAGCUUGCCACUAUCAUACAAAUCAUUUCUAAAUAAGCAUGGUGGAAAAGAUCCUCUUAUUCUCCAGGGUGUGAAAGAAAUCGCCUGUAAUAUCCCUUUCACUAACUUGGAGGGCAUUGAGAGGUAUUACAAGUCUACAGGUGUUGACAUAAAACUAGACCCCAGCAUGAAAGUGCCAUGCUCAAUUGUGCAUGGCAAUAAAUCUUGCACUGGGCAUUUCAUAUCAUUCCUGUUACAAGCAUAUGGAAGAGCUCUACCUGUUUAUGUUCCAGUUUACUUGAUUCCUGCACUAAUAGUUCACCGUCAGGACCUCUUGAAAAGACCUUACACAAUUCUGGGGAAGAGUUUGGUGGGUACCGCAAGAUCUAGCCUAUUCCUCUCUGUAUACUGUGCAUCUGCCUGGGCUUGGACUUGCCUUCUUUUUAGAAUUCUCAAGAGGUGUAACGUUCCAAUGGUCGCAAUGGGGACGUUUCCUGCCGGCCUAGCAUUGCUAAUCGAGAAGAAGAGCAGGAGAAUUGAGAUAUCUCUUUACUGCUUCGCCCGUGCCAUCGAGAGCUUCUUCACUUGUAUUGCCGACGCGGGCCUCUGCCCUCCAGCCUCGAAACUUAAGCGGGCUGACGUGGUUGUAUUUAGUAUUUCGACGGCCAUCAUCAUGCACUGUUAUGCACAGGAAAGGGAGGUUUUCCGAUCAAAGUACCUGAACGUGCUCGAUUGGGUUUUCGGAGUGCCCCCUGAACUAGAUGAUGAACAUGAGAAAGAAGUGGAGAGAAAGACAAGUUAGAUUGUUCAGAGAUAUAUGCCCAGAAAUUUUGGGAUGUUUAAUAGGAUUAUUAAGCUAUUGAUAUCUAGAAUAGCCCCAUUGGUGGGAUUUAGAAGGAAAUUUAGGUUUUUUUUCCUUAGAGCAAGAUAUUGUAGAUUAGUGGUAAAUACGAUUGUGAAAUUUGCUGCAAUUCAUUUGAACCGUUUUAGCAAUUUUAUCAUGUAAACUAGCGUGUAUUGCCGUUCUGGAGCUUAAUUAUUUUUUUUCGAA